GCGCAGCUUCAUUAAGGGGGCAACCAAUUUAAAACCAUCAGUGGUGCACAGAUAUCCAUCUAAGGUUCUACAGGCAAUCACCUUGAACCCCUUCAAACUAUUACAAGAGACUACCUGCGAUACCUAACAUGCAAGGUAGUAUUCCUUGUGGCGAUUACUUCGGCCAGAUGGAUAUCGGAACUGACAGCCUUGUCCGUAAGGGGGGGAUCUGUGUAUAUUCCAUACAGACAGGGUAGUACUGCGAUUGGACCCUACAUUUUUACCCUAUGUGCUUCCAUAGGGCACAGGAAAUUGUAUUGCCAGGGCAUAGGAAAUUAUAUUGCCAGAUUUCUGUCCGAGCCCCAAACAUGAACUAGAAAGGAAGUGACAUAACUUGGAUGUCAGGAGGGCACUUCACAUUUACAUUAAAAGGGCAGCUUCUCUGAGAAAAACAGAGUCACUGUUUGUCUCAUGCCAACCUUCCACAAGGUAGUAAGGUUGUGGCAACAACAUAACCUUAUUCGCACAUGCAUCACCAAGGCGUAUGAAAUACAGGCUCUGCCAAGGCCCAGAAAAAGGACUGCAUAUUCUACCAGAAGCGCAGCCACAAUAGCUGCCUGGGCGACACAAGCCUCUGUAGAGGAGAUAUGCAGUGCAGCAACCUGGUCCUCACCAUCCACAUUCAUCAGACACUAUAAGAUGGACGCAUUCCCCUCAGCUGAGGUGGCUUUUGGCAGAAGGGUCUUCCAGAAGAUACAGACAAACAGGGGGACUUGGGACCAGAACGAGACCCACCUUUAGGACAUGCUGGCUUUGUUAUGUCCCAUUAUUUGGAUUCUCAAGGCAGUACAUCAGAGAAAGAGCGUUGGUCUUACCUGAUAUGCUUCUUCUCAAUGUAUUGCUGGAGAAUCCAGUCCUAUCCUAGUAACAGUUGGGUCCCAAGUACAGAAGCGGACAGCAAAGUUAGAGAAAGGUCAAAUUGUCUGCUACAUCUUCAUCAAACUGGGAGGCAACGAGGAGAGGCAUGGCAGAAAGCUCAACAGAUUCAGUCUCCAAAGGAAGAAGGCGGAGCAAUACCCACUCUUUGGAUUCUCCGGCAGUACAUUGAGAAGAAGCGUAUCAGGAGUCUGUGACUGAUGAAGAAACAACAGAUGAGUCUGAGGUCCUCAUUUUAUCCACCUUGGAAGGAUGGAAGGCUGCAUCAACCUUGAGCCGGAAGACAUCAGCGAAGAAGAGCCCAAAUUGAAGUAUGAAAGGCUUUCUAAUGGAGUUGGAGAAAUUAUUCAGAAGGAUAUAACCAGUUGUAUGACAACCCAUGAGAAAUUUUUGGCACUUGGAACACAUUAUGGCAAAGUUUAUUUGUUAGAUGUCCAGGGGAACAUCACACAGAAGUUUGACAUUAGUCCAGUCAAGAUCAAUCAGAUUAGCCUUGAUGAAAGUGGUGAGCACAUGGGUGUGUGUUCUGAAGAUGGCAAGGUGCAGGUAUUUGGAUUAUACACAGGAGAAGAAUUCCAUGAAACAUUUGAUUGUCCAAUUAAAAUUGUUGCUGUUCACCCUCAGUUUGUGAGAUCGCAUUGUAAGCAGUUUGUAACAGGAGGAAACAAAUUAUUGUUAUUUGAAAAGAAUUGGAUGAAUAGAUGGAAGCAUUCUGUUUUACAUGAAGGAGAGGGACCUAUAAGAAGCGUGAAAUGGAGAGGAAAUCUGAUUGCAUGGGCCAACAAUAUGGGCGUGAAGAUAUUCGACAUGAUUGCUAAGCAAAGAAUCACCAAUGUGCCAAGAGACGAUAUAAGCCUUCGUCCUGAUAUGUAUCCCUGUAGCCUUUGCUGGAAAGAUAAUUUAACACUGAUUAUUGGCUGGGGAAAUUCAGUAAAGAUAUGUUCAGUGAAAGAACGACAUGCAAGUGAAAUGCGGGAUCUACCUAGUCGUUAUGUGGAAAUAGUGUCUCAGUUCAACACUGAAUUUUAUAUCAGUGGGAUUGCACCUCUCUGUGACCAGCUUGUCAUUCUUUCAUUUGUAAAGGAGAUUUCAGAGAAAAUGGAAAGAGAAUGUUGUGCCCGACCAAGACUUGAUAUAAUUCAACCAUUUCCUGAAUCUUGUGAAGAAAUAUCUUCUGAUGCACUCACAGUAAGAUGCUUCCAAGAAAAUGAAUGUCGAGAUUAUUGUUUAGAAUAUUCUGAAGGUGAAUCACUUUUUUAUAUUGUCAGCCCAAGUGAUGUGGUAGUGGCCAAAGAACGAGAUCAAGAUGAUCACAUUGAAUGGCUGUUGGAGAAAAAGAAAUAUGAAGAAGCUUUGAUGGCAGCUGAGAUCAGUCAGAAAACUAUUAAAAAGCACAAGAUUCAGGAUAUAGGUUUAGCAUACAUAAACCAUCUAUUAGAAAUUGGAGAUUAUGAUUUAGCCGCAAGAAAAUGUCAGAAGAUACUUGGCAAAAACACAAAUUUAUGGGAACGUGAAGUAUAUAGAUUUAAAGAAAUUGGGCAACUUAAGGCAAUUAGCCACUAUUUGCCAAGACAAGAUUCAAUCCUGAAGCCUUUCAUUUAUGAAAUGGUUCUGCAUGAAUUUCUAGAAAGCGAUUAUGAGGGUUUUGCAACAUUGAUUAAAGAAUGGCCUGGGAACCUGUACAACAAUCCAAUCAUUGUCCAUGCUGUAUUGGACCAUCUGAAGAAAGAUCCACAGAACAGGACAUUGCUGAAAACUCUAGCAGAAUUGUACACCUAUGACCAACGCUAUAGAAAGGCCCUUGAAAUUUACCUCACACUGAGACAUAAAGAUGUUUUCCAGCUGAUCCACAAACACAAUCUUUUCAGUUCCAUCAGGGACAAAAUUGUUCUACUAAUGGAGUUUGAUUCAGAGAAAGCCGUUGACAUGUUUUUGGAUAAUGAAGACAAAAUCUCAAUUGAUAAAGUUGUGGAAGAAUUAAAAGAUAGGCCUGAAUUGCAGCAUGUGUAUUUGCAUAAACUGUUCAAGAGAGAUCAUCAUAAAGGACAAAAGUAUCAUGAAAAACAAAUCAGCCUGUAUGCUGAAUACGACCGGCCAAAUUUACUUCCUUUUUUGAAAAAUAGCACCCAUUGCCCAUUGGAAAAGGCUCUUGAAAUUUGUCAGCAAAGAUUCUUUGUGGAAGAGACUGUUUAUCUUUUGAGUCGAAUGGGCAAUAGUCGAAGUGCCCUGAAAAUGAUCAUGGAAGACCUAAAUGAUGUAGAUAAAGCUAUAGAGUUUGCUAAAGAGCAAGAUGAUGCUGAACUUUGGGAAGACCUUAUUUUGUACUCAAUAGACAAACCUCCUUUUAUUACAGGUUUGUUAAACAAUAUAGGGACUCAUGUUGACCCUAUUCUCCUGAUUCAUCGUAUUAAGGAAAGUAUGGAGAUUCCAAACCUGAGAGAUUCAUUAGUAAAGAUUCUUCAGGAUUAUAAUUUGCAGAUUUUGCUUCGAGAAGGAUGCAAGAAGAUUCUUGUGGCUGACUCUCUUUCAUUGUUGAAAAAGAUGCACCGAACACAAAUGCGUGGAGUACUUGUAGAUGAGGAAAAUAUCUGUGAAAUAUGCCUUUCUCCUAUACUGCCUACAGAUGCAUCUAAAUCUUUCAGUGUAAUAGUAUUUCAUUGCAGGCAUAUGUUCCACAAAGAAUGUUUUCCUGAACCUAACACAGAAUCUUCAUUACACUUCUGUAAUAUUUGCAGUGCUAAACACCGUGGACCAGGCAGCGCCAUCUUGGAGAUGAAAAAAUAACCUUCUCUCGCAUAUCAAAAAUAUCUGUGUGUGUAUGUGACUGCUUUCAUGUGGGACAAAAGAACAAUGCUUCAUAUAUAUCUUUCUUCGUUUAACUAUAUGAUAAGAAGACCUUUAAUCGUACAUCUCACUGAUAUUUCCUAUAUAAAUUUGAAGUCCUAUGAGCACAUGCAGGCUAUUGUUAUUGACUCGUUAUUGCUGCAGUUCAAAUUGGCCACCUGUUUGGCCAAACCUAUAUUACAUCACAUAAAAUAAAUGUCUAUGGGAAAAUUUAUAGUGUUGAUACAGUAUGACCGCAAACUAAAUCAUGUUAUGUAGAAUGCAUUUUGAAUCUAUAUUUAUGAACAGGUUCAAACAUUAGUCGCCAUUUAGAUCUUAUUCAUUUUUUUCUUCUGAGAAUUCCAAACAGUUUUUGUUGGUAGCAGUGUUAAGAAAAAAGUAACAAGAGAGUGGAGAAAGUUAUAGUGGAAAUGGAUAACAGGUUGUUAAAUGAUAUCCAUGUAUUUGUGUUUUAAGUUUUCAAUAAAGACAGGUUUUAAAUGGA